AUGGAGCGACCAGAGAAAACGUCUCCUGUGUUUGUGCACAGCGGCUGGCUGAGCACGCUGCUGCCGCUUUGGCCUCCUGCGCUACCCUCGAGCUCCUUUAUCCCCAGAGCUGCCUCUGCACUCGCAGAAAUGCUGCCAGGGAUGCUCGGGCUGCUUUGCCGGGAGGAGGUGGUGGCUGCUGUGCCUGCGAUAACGAGGGACAUCUUUGGAGAUGGCCCGGCCCGGCCACUCCCAGCUCGGGACAUCAGCGAGCACAGAGUCACUUCCAGCCUGGCCGUGUCGCAGCAGCCCCGCUUGCGCCCAAAGGUGGUGCGGGGCACACGGGGAGGUGGCAGAUCCCUGAGAGCCGCUGUCGGCCGGGCACGGGCCGGGAUAACGAGUGACACAUCCCCGGGACCGGGACCCUGUGGCCCAUCCCCGGGACCCAGUGCCCCAUCCCGGGACCGAGUGACACAUCCCCGGGACCGAGUGACACAUCCCGAGAACCGCUGUGACCCGGGCACGGGCCAGGACCCUGUGGCCCAUCCCCGGGACCCAGUGCCCCAUCCCGGUACCCAGUGCCCCAUACCCAGGACGCAGUGCCCCAUCCCCGGGAGCCGCUCCCCGCUCCCGGCGGCUGCCGAGGGUUCCCUGCGGGCGGCCCCGGCAGCGCCGCCCCCUCUCCCGCCUCCCCACGCUCGGAGGGCGGGGAGCGGGGCCGGCGCUGGAGCCCUUUGUGGGUGUCUGUCUGGCUGGGCGGGUGCAGCUCGGAGCCCCAGCAGCCGGGCCGGGCGGCGCUGGGCGGGCAGAGCCCCCGGGCGGCAUGCGGGGCCCCCGCUCCGCCCCCUCGGCCGCCGCCCGCCUGCGGAGCCGCCGCUCCAGAGCCCGGCCGGCCAUGGGCAGCGCUGCCCGCUGAGCGCGGCCGUGCCAGGCGCGGGGAUGCGGCGGGCGGCAGCGCCCGGCCCAGCGCCCCCGCGCAGCGCCCGGCCCGCGGGACGAGCAGCAGCAGCAGCAGCAGCAGGAGGAGGAGGAGGAGGAGGAGGAGGAGGAGGAGGAGGAGCGGGCCCGGCCGUGCUGCUGCUCCUGGCCCUGAGCGCGGCCGGACCGCCGAGCGCCCGCGCCCAGCCCGGUGUCAGGCAACAGCAUGUCAACGAUGCUCCUCCUACAGGAUCUUUUCCUAACUGGAGAUCUAUACUAUCACCAACACGGCCUUCCACAGAAACCAAGACCCCCUCAAUAGCUGAUCUUUCCCUGGGACAGACUUUGGAGAACGCAGACUUGCUUCAGAUGAUCAGGACAACGCUGACUGGCGCCCGUGCCAGGACUUUGGAUCAGAUGCACCUGUCGCCCUCCCUGUACCAGGGCAGUGGGAGCAGUGCACCCCAGGAACCCGCUGAGGUCUCGGCCGAGUCGCCGCUGAGGCCGUCGCCUCACGAUGCAGAUGACACAGCUGCUCUAACAGGUUUGCCUCAGCUUGUGUUAUCUGGAGUAUCUUCUGGUGCAAUACCUACAGUAGAAACUUCAGAAGCAAAACCACUAACAAGAAAAUCAUCUCCAGCUUCACCAGUGCCAGCUUCUUCCUUCUUUUCUCUAGGCACUGAAAAAAACACCCCUUUGCCAUCCGUGAUGGCUUUAAGCACACCGAUCCUGACACUAACAAAAAAUAACACUGCCACAAAACUGGCACCGGAUCCGAGCUCAGUAGGAACACAGGCAGAUUUUCCUUUUGCAACAAGAAACGUGACUGCCUCACCUCUGGACACGCCGGCUCUGCUCAUAACCCCCAAGAGCAGCACGGCCACAGCUUCCACACUCGCACCCACAGCCCACGUACCAAGGCAGAUAGAAACAACAGUAACUGACACCCAGAAGUUCCCGAGCUCAGACAUCACCAAAAGGCCAACCCCAUCCCCACUGACAAUGACAGCAGCUUUGACAUCUAUUACAGCAUCAGCGAAAGCAACUAGGCUCCCCCCUCCUGCCGUGGAACUCAGCCCUGCUCCUCCCGGCACCACGGCAGCCGCCGCUUUCGCUAACAUGACGGCAGCUCCCUCCCUGGAUUGCCGGCUCUCUGCCAACAUGAUGGUGAAAACAGUUCUGUUUCUGAACACAAGGAGGAUGAUGAUCAGCAAUGCCUUCAGGGAGAGUGUGAGAAAAGGCCUCAACCAAGUGCUGAGACGAGCUUUCAACCAGAAUGUCAGUGCUCAGGUUGAAAUCCUGGAGCAGUCGAGUAACCUGACCGUGGGGUACUAUGUCACACGAGGCAGGCUGGUUUUCACGCCGGCUGCCGUUGCCGAGAAGCUGCUGGCCUACGGCCUGGCCAACGCCACGGCCGACAUGAAGCAGCACGUGCCACACCUGCAGGCCCUGGUGGCCCUGGCCCUGCCCUGGCAGCCCCUGCCCGCCUACCACUUCCAGCUGAAGACAGAGCUGCAGUUUGUGGGUCAAACAGACAACAUUCAGUCGUGCAAAUUUGUUCAGACCAUGGAGCAACGGCUCCAGAGAGCAUUCCAGGAUGCUGAAAGAAAGGUCUUAAACACCAGCAACAACUUAACUGUUCAGAUUUUGAACACCUCCAAUGUCUCCCAAGCUGUCACUCUGUUUUAUGUAGUGAAAAAUCAAAGCACAACUCUAAAUGGCACUAUUUCCAGCAACCUUCUUAAUCAGCUGUCAGCUGAGCUGGUGGGUUUCUACCUCACCUACCCACCUCUCACCAUUGCUGAAUCUUUGGAGUAUCCAAACCUUGAUGUCUCGGAAUCAACUAGAGACUACUGGGUGAUAACAGUGAUCCAAGGCGUGGAUAUUGCUUUGCUGGGGCUCAACAACCAGAGCUUUGCCAGGCUGAUGGAGCAGCGCUUGGCCCCGCUGUUCAUGAUGUCCCACCAGCAGGGAAGGCGCUUCAGACGUGCCACCACCGUGGGCAGCUACACUGUGCAGAUGGUCAAAAUUCAGCGUAUUCCAGGACCCAAGGAGCCAGCUGAACUGACGUAUUACACUUUAUACAAUGGGAAGCCUUUGCUGGGCACUGCAGCUGCCAAAAUUCUGAGUACAGUUGACUCGCAGAGGAUGGCCUUGACCCUGGGCUAUGUCAUCCAAGUUCAAGCUGAUCCUGUGGUGAAGAACCCCCCAAACAACCUGUGGAUCAUUGCAGCCGUGCUGGCUCCCAUCGCGGUGGUCACCGUCAUCAUCAUCAUCAUCACCGCGGUGCUCUGCAGGAAGAACAAGAACGACUUCAAACCAGACACCAUGAUGAACCUGCCUCAGAGAGCCAAGCCAGUCCAAGGCUUUGACUAUGCCAAGCAACACUUGGGCCAGCAGGGAGCAGAGGAUGAGGUUUUACCUGUGACUCAGGAGACUGUCAUCCUUCCACUUCCAGUCAGAGACGCUCCUGCCUCCCAGGAGAGGGAAACAACCCAGGAUGGGAGCACCAUCAAAACUGCCAAAUCCAACGAAACAAGGAAAAGCCGCUCCCCGAGCCAGAACGGCUCCAUCCUCAGCAAUGGGUCGGGAAAGCCCAGCUCCGGCCGGAGCUCCCUGCAGAAAGUGAUGGCACCGCAGAAAGCGGCAAAAGACGAGGGCAGGAAAAGGAACGUGGCUGUGAGUGAUGAAGAGGAAGGAGGGAUUCUCUUUGACAAUGUGGCCAAAUCUGCCGUGGACCCCUUCGACACCUCCUCGGGCUCGGUGCAGCUCAUCGCCAUCAAACCCGUGGCCCUCCCUGCUGUCCAUGCUGCUUCAGAGAGGAGCCAGGAGUCUGCCAUCACCAAUGGGGAGGUGAACAAGGCUUUGAAGCAGAAGUCUGAUAUAGAGCACUACCGCAACAAGCUGCGCCUGAAAGCCAAGAGGAAAGGGUACUAUGAUUUCCCACAGGUUGAUAACAGCAAGGCACUGACAGACAGAAAAAGGAUGUAUGAGAAAAAUCAGAAAGAACUUGACCAUAUUUUGGAUCCAGAUGCAGAUGUCUCAUCUCCAUUUGCUGAGCCUAAGAACAGGCAGCCCCUGAAGAACUCAGUGUACAGAAGCAGGCAGUCCCUGAACAGUCCCAGCCCAGGGGAAACGGAGAUGGAUCUGCUGGUGACUCGAGAAAGGCCGAGGCGUGGCAUCCGGAACAGUGGAUAUGAUACCGAGCCUGAAAUCAUAGAAGAAACCAACAUUGACCGCGUCAACGAGCCGCGGAAUUACGGCAGGGCCCGUCAGGCCAAGGGCCACUCGGAGACGUCGACGCUGAGCUCGCAGCCGUCCAUCGACGAGGUGCGGCAGCAGAUGCACAUGCUGCUGGAGGAGGCCUUCAGCCUGGCCUCUGCUGGCCACGGGGGCCAGCCCCGGCAGGACGCCUACGGCUCGGCCCCACACCUGCCCUACUCCGAGGUGGUGACCAGUGCCCCCGGCACCAUGAGCCGGCCGCGGGCGGGCGUGCAGUGGGUGCCCACCUACAGGCCAGAAAUGUACCAGUACAGCUUGCCAAGGCCCGCUUAUAGAUUUUCUCAGCUUCCUGAGAUGGUAAUGGGUUCUCCUCCCCCUCCUGUCCCUCCCAGAACUGGUCCUGUGGCUGUUGCCUCUCUCAGGAGGUCUACAUCAGAUAUUGGCAGCAAAGUGAGAAUACCUGAGUCCAGUGGAGCAGAUCAGGCCCAGCACCAUGAUCAGACACCUUUUGCACCGGGUUCGAGAGCUCCCAUGUCUGUCGGUCCACUUGAUCAAUCUGCUUUUCACUCAGGAAAUACGGUACCAGCAGUGUUUGCUAUUCCAGCAAACCGACCUGGCUUCACGGGCUACUUCAUCCCAACUCCUCCCACUGCCUACAGGAACCAAGCCUGGAUGCCCUAUGCUGGAGAGAAUGAGUUGCCAGGGCAGUGGGCAGACUCUGUGCCCCUGCCUGGCUACAUCGAGGCUUACCCGAGGCCCCGCUACCAGCACAACUCCCCCUCCAGGCUGCCCAGGCAGUACAGCCAGCAGGGCAGCCUGCACCCCAGCCUGGAGCAGGCCCCGCUGGCCUCCGCCGCCGCCUCCCAGCACAGCCUGGCCGACAACGACCCCUCGGACGCGCCGCUCACCAACAUCUCCACGGCUGCCCUCGUCAAGGCAAUAAGGGAAGAAGUGGCCAAGCUGGCCAAGAAGCAGACAGAUAUGUUUGAGUUCCAGGUCUAAUGUAUCUUCUGUGCACGGUGUUUGUGUCUUGUGACCUGGGGAAGCCAAGAAAGCAGCUCCUUUAGUUUUCGGCCACAAACCUUCUGUGAAUUGUGCCAAAGCGAUGGCGUUUUAAUCUGUAUGAAAAGUCAACACUAUGAAAUGACUUAAAGCAGAGCAACAGGGCUCUGAAGACAUGAAAUUCCGCUUUCCAGCUAAGGAAAAGCUGCCAGGAAACUGUUUCAUACUGAUGAGAUCAACCAUAUGCAAUUGUUUGUCACUUUGCUCUCAUAUUAUGACCCAUCCUCACUAAAGAUGCUGCUGAACAUGUCUGUGCCACAAGAAGUUCCAUUUACAGGCCCAGAGGCAGAGCUGCUGAAAAUAACUUCUGCAUGCCAAAACUUUGAUAAGAGAAGAAAAAACCUGCAGAACAGGGUUUGCUGGAGGCCACGGCUGGUGUGGCAGUGGCCGUGUUAAUUGUCUGCUGUGGGGCAUUGUGUAAGGGGUGCUGAUUUCAGCAAUGCAGAGUCAUUUCAGCCUUUUCAUCCCAGACACUGUAUUCAAACCAAAAGAAUUCAACACAAUUAAGUAAUACAAAUAAAUAUCCUGUAAAUAGCUCAGAGUCUCUUCAUCCUAUUAACAGUGCAAAGAAGUGAAAGAAGAGAGGACUGUAGAGAAGGUGAACGACAUUUCCAUGAUUGGUGGCUACCUUGUCAUUCAAUGCCACUGAUGAAUUAUGGAGGAGAUUUUUUUUUUCAGCGUGAAAGAAUACAAUGCAUGAAGAGCCAGCAAAGGAUAUUGGUGCUAAAAGCUUCCCAGAGAAAUGAAAAAAGAUUUUUCCUGUUUGCUCUAUAAUCGGGCUUUUCACUCUGAAUGCAUGUGAAGCUGGUAAACCUGAGACCUUUAAAUCCUUCCAACCUGGAAAAAUGAAUACACCUGCUUGGACAAGGAAACCUCUGUUCAACACAGUGCUUUUUUCCCUCUUUCUUUAACAGUGCUAUCUACUGAAGUGAUGCCAGAAAGUGCUACCUGAAGCUGCAGUUGAUUUUGAUUGUGCUGGCACGGUGAAUGCGCACCCAGGAAGUUCUGAAUGUAGAGGACCUAAUUACUAUAUUAACAU